CACAGCUGGAGCCGGACUCUCCCGCCCCAGAUGUGGCGCCGCUGUCGCUGCAGGAGCCCCGAGCCGCCCAGAGUCACGGACCCCGGCGUCCGCAAUUUCUGCACCGCCUCCUGAGAGACCCCGAAGUCCGGGCCCCCGCGCCUAGGCUGGAGGACCCCGAAUAUCUAGGCCCCCAGCGCCCCCUCCUGGAGGAGCCGGGCGUCCGGGGAUGUCAGUCCCGCGGGACCCUAAAGGCCAAGCCUCCCGUACCCUCGUUUGAAGAUCAGGAUCCUGGACCCUGGAGCGCGGAUUCCCGUCAGAGGUUCCCAGAAAUCUGAACCCAAGACCACCAGGUUGUAGGAACUCGGGAUCCAGACCCCUAGCACCCCAAGCAACCUGUCUUGGGCCGCAAAGCCCUUCACUUCAAGGGGACCCAGGAAUUUGGGACCUCCCCUGCGCUCCCGCCGGGAGGUGGUUUAAGCCCCCGCUUCGAGAGUUGGGGAACUCAGGAAUCCGGGCGCCCCCGGCUGUACCCAGCAGACCCAGGAAUUUGGGUCCCCAGCGCCCCAUCUGAGACUUCGGAGUCGAGGCUCCCGCAUCCCCCAUCUAGAGGACCAAGAAAUUCGCACCGCCGGGCCCUCCACUCCGGUUCCCGGACUGCGGAUUCGGGUUCCCGGAACCGGCGAGCCCCAAGUUCACGCCCCCGGGUCGCAGAGACCCGGCAUCCCGGCUCCGCGCCUCCGCGGGGACCGCGUUACGGCCGGAUAGGAACCGGGCGGCCUCGGGCCGGGGCUGGAGGCUCCGGGGAGGACGCUGCUCUGAGCGCGCUCAGCCAUGCCUGAGGGAGCCCACGGACUGUCCAAGUCCAGCACCAGCCUUGGGUGUAGCAGCAGAGGAGACGUGUGUGACUGUGCAGCUGUGUGUGAGACCCGAUCAGCCACCACCAUGGCCUCCUCCCGAGGCUCCGGGAGUGCCACAUCCCUGAGCACUGUGGGCUCUGAGGGGGACCCGGCUCCAGGGCCUGCCCCAGCCUGCUCAGCAUCCAGGCCAGAGCCCCUUCCGGAGCCCCCCAUCCGCCUGCAUCUGUCACCUGUGGGAACUACGGGUUUAGUGAAACCCUCACGGCUGGAGCGUGUGGCCCGCGAGAUCGUGGAGACUGAGCGGGCCUACGUCCGAGACCUCCGCAGCAUCGUGGAGGACUACCUGGGCCCUCUGCUGGACGGCGGGGCCCUGGGCCUGAGUGUGGAGCAGGUGGGCACGCUGUUUGCCAACAUUGAGGACAUCUACGAGUUUAGCAGCGAGCUCCUGGAGGACCUGGAAGGCAGCAGCAGUGCGGGGGGCAUUGCGGAGUGCUUCGUGCAGAGGAGUGAGGAUUUUGACAUCUACACGCUGUACUGCAUGAAUUACCCAAGCUCCCUGGCCCUGCUUCGGGAGCUGGCUCUGUCUCCGCCAGCGGCCCUGUGGCUGCAGCAGCGCCAGGCCCAGCUCCGCCACUCGCUGCCUCUGCAGAGCUUUCUCCUCAAACCCGUUCAGCGCAUCCUGAAGUACCACCUGCUGCUGCAGGAGCUUGGCAAGCACUGGGCAGAGGGCCCAGACGCCAGGGGCCGCGAGAUGGUGGAGGAGGCUAUCGUGUCCAUGACAGCGGUUGCCUGGUACAUCAACGACAUGAAGCGCAAGCAGGAGCACGCUGCGCGCCUCCAGGAAGUGCAGCGGCGACUGGGUGGCUGGACUGGCCCGGAGCUCAGUGCUUUCGGGGAGCUGGUGCUGGAGGGUGCGUUCCGAGGUGGUGGAGGUGGCGGCCCCCGGCUGCGAGGGGGUGAGCGGCUGCUCUUCCUGUUCUCACGGAUGCUGCUCGUGACCAAGCGCCGGGGGCCGGAAUAUACCUACAAGGGCCACAUCUUUUGCUGCAACUUGAGUGUGAGUGAGAGCGCUCGUGACCCUCUAGGGUUCAAGGUGUCGGACCUGACCAUUCCCAAGCACAGGCACCUGUUCCAGGCCAAGAACCAAGAGGAGAAGAGGCUGUGGGUUCACUGUCUCCAGCGCCUCUUCUUUGAGAACCACCCUGCCUCCAUUCCUGCCAAGGCAAAGCAAGUUCUCCUUGAAAACAGCCUACAUUGUGCUCCCAAAAGUAAGCUCAUCCCAGAGCCCCUGACACCCCCACUUGGGUCUCCCCGACCUCGAGAUGCUAAAAACUUCACCCCUGGACGGAGAAACACAGCUCCCUCCCCAGGACCCUCUACAACCCGCCAUAGCCGCAGGCAGUCUGCUAAGCCCAGACUCAAGCAUGCUGGCAGUGAGGGGGAGGUGUACCCCUCCUCAGAGUCUCAGCCUCCACCAGUUCCAGCUUCUGGACCCUCUGAGGACCUGGAGGAUGCCAGACCACCCCCCCUUGACCCUUCUGGGACCUCCAUCACUGAAGAAAUCCUGGAGCUACUGAACCAGAGAGGCCUUCGGGACCCGGGGUGCCCACUGCAGACAUCCCCCCACGACAUUCCCGAGUUCCCCGGAGACUCUCAGGUGCCAGCCGACACCGACAUCCUUGAAUUCCAAGCCUUGCCCAGCCGGGACUCCUCAGAGGAGGAGGGGGAGCUGGAGGUGGAUGAACGAGAACCUUCCCCGCUCCACGUCCUGGAGGGGCUUGAAAGCUCCAGUGUGGCUGAGACUGUCGACAUUCCCAGCCUUCUCCAAAUUCCUGACAUUCCCAGCCUUCCUGAAAUUCCCCAAGUUCCCCGCCUUCCCAGUCUCCCCGACAUUUCCAGUGUCUUUGAAAUGCCUUGCCUUCCAGCCAUAGCUAACACCCCUGACAUUGCCAGUCCUCCCAGCACUCCGGCCCUUCCUUGUGAGCCUCUGGCCACUAGGAGAGAACUGUUCCCUGGAAGCAAUCCCAGAAAACUGAGACACCCAUCCUCCGGAAGCCGGACAGGGCAGGAGGAGGAUGAAGAAGGGGUAGCCUUCUCAGAGUUCAUGCCCAAGGAUGUCGCUGGAGGUCAGGGAUUCCCCGAUGAGCUGGAGCUCCGCUCUUGCUCAGAAAUCCGGAGCGCCUGGCAGGCCUUGGAGCAGGGGCAGCUGGCCCAGCCAGGCUUCCCAGAGCCACUGCUAAUCCUGGAAGAUUCGGAUCUGGCUGGAGGCAGCAGGAGUGGGAAGAUGGGAGCCCCAAGUGCAGAGAGGGCUGCCUCCCGAGUGCGCGAGCUGGCCCGGCUCUACAGCGAGCGGAUCCAGCAGAUGCAGCGGGCUGAGACACGGGCGUCCACCAAUGCCCCCCGCCGCCGGCCACGGGUUCUGGCCCAGCCCCAGGCAUCCCCUUGCCUGCUUCACGAGCAGGCUGAGCCAGGGCCCCUGCCUGCAUUUGGACACGUACGGGUAUGCGAGCUGCCCUUCCCGUUCAUCUGUGCCCAGGAAUCUGUCCCGCUGGGCCCUGCUACCCAGCUUCAAGCUGCCACACCUUUGUCUAAACAGGCAGCCUGCCUGGAUGCCCAGGGUCCAAGUGUUUCAAAUUUGCCUAAGCAGGACUAUCUGGGCAGCCCAGUUACUACCCCUUUGCCUGAGCAAGGAGGCCUUCAAGAUGUCCAGGUUCCGGCCACCACACUGCAGCCCAAGCAGGAAGGCCCCCCAGACAUCCAGGCUCCAGCUGUUACAACUUUGCCUGAUCAAGAAGGCCUCCUGGAAGUAGAAGAUCCAGCCACCACUCUUUUUCCUGAGCCAAGACACCACCUGGAUAGACAGGGUCUGUCUGCCAUCUUUCUUCCUGAGCAAGGACACCACGUAGAUCUCCAAGUUCCAGCCCCCCCAGCUUUGUCCAAACAGGGAAGUUGCUGUGAUGUCAUGGUUCCAGCCACCGUGCCCAGGCAAGAAGCCCACCUAGACAGCCAGAGCCCCCCCAGCCCCCCAUUAACAAAGGAAGGAGGCUCCAGGGAUGUUCAGAUCCAAACCAUCAAUCCUUUGCUUAGUUAUGGGAGUGGCCGGAUUGAUCAGAUCCCAGCCAGUACCCCACUACCUUUGCCACAUGACCUCACAGACAUUCUAGUGCCAAGUACCACACCUGUGCCUGCAGAUGGAGGCCACCUGGACCACCAGAUCCCAGCCAGCGCUCCAUGGUCUUUGCCACAAGACCUCCCAGACAUUCGGGUAUCAGGCACCACACCUGUACCUGCAGAUGGAGGCCAGCUGGACUGCAAGAUCCUAGCCAGUGGUCUGUCGCCUUUGCCCCAAGACCCCUCAGACAUUCAGGUUCUAGCUGCCACAACUCCGCCCCAGCCACAAAUCCUCACCGACAUCCAGGUGCAAGCCCUCACACUUUUGCCCAAGCAGGGAGGCCUCUCAGAUGUUCGGAGCCCAGAUGUUGGAUCUUUGCUGCGGGAGCAUAGCCUUAUAGACCUCCAGAUCCAAAAACUCACGCCUCUGGUGGAACAGAGAAGCCUUACAAACAUCCAUGUUCCAGCUGCCACACCUUUGCCUGAGCAAGGGGGCUCACAAGACUUUUCGGGCCUGUCACCCACCCCAGUUCAGACCACCACGGUUUUGUCCAAGCCAGGAGGCCACUCGGUCUCUCAUGUUGCCAGGUCAGAGUCUGAGGACUUGACCCCACCCCAGAGUCCCCCACCCCCCACCCGUCAACUCCUGGGCCCCAGUGCAGCUGCCCUGUCAAGAUACCUGGCAGCCUCAUACAUCAGCCAGAGCCUGGCUCGGCGGCAGGGGCCUGGGGGAGAGGCUCCCCCAGCCUCCAGGGGCCCCUGGUCCUCCUCUGCCCCCACAUCACGGGCACCUUCACCACCACCCCAGCCCCAGCCCCCGCCACCCCCAGCCAGGCGACUCAGCUAUGCCACCACGGUCAGCAUCCACGUUGGGGGUGGGGGACGGCUGCGGCCAGCCAAGGCCCAGGUCAGGUUGAACCACCCUGCUCUUUUGGCCCCCACCCAGAAAUCUGUGGGCCCUCGAAGGGCCCAGGGAACUCCUGAUGCCCCUUUCCACCUGUGAGCCAGGACGUCGGACAUCCCGAAAAGCGAGGACUUCAACCGGAAGUGACAGACCCCCAGAACUCCACUCAGAAAUUCAGACACUGAACGCAGGCCUAAAACUUGCUGCAGCUUUCCACCUCCUGGGACCUGCUUUGGCAAAUGGCCCUUAUUACUUACGGUGACACUCAACCUGGGUGGGGAAGGGGAUGUCCCAAGUAUUGUGUUAAUUAAUAUGAAAUUAUAUGUCUUACCAUGCCGGAGGCAGUGUGGGAUGACAGAAAACCAUGAAUGGGAAGGUCGGAUGCGGCACAAAAUCAGUGGUUGUGAAAAUCGGAGGAAUCUCAAACCCCUUGGAGAAGCAUUGGCAACUAAACCUACUGCAGUUGGGUGUGUGAUUUCAGGAGGCUUAUAAACCGCCGACUCAUAGGGUCGCUGAGUCAGAAUCCACGGCAACGGGUUUGGUGGGUUUUUUUUAAUAAACUCCUUGAUGCCCAUCUGGGGACCCCAAGUUAGGUCUUGCUCCAAGUCGUCCCCCUAUGAGUUCAUUCCCUUAGCAGUUUGGCCAGCUUGUGUCCAUCCAUGUUUGCAUUCCUCUCACCCACCUAUCUCUUCCAUCUUGUUUAUCCUGUCUUUUCUGCUUUAUUCAUCCACAACACAUCCACCACCCUGCCCACCCAUCUAGCCUCCGUUCCUCCUUAUGUCCGUCUGUUAUCCCACCUGUCCGUCUCCUCCAUCCAAUCUUCUCCAUUCCUCCAAGUCCAUCUGUACAUCCAUCCUGUCUAGUCACCCAUCCAUCCGUCAACCCACUCAACUAUUUCUACCUCUAUCCAUGCCUCUUAAGUGGGAUUUCAGACAGUCCCUUGCUAGCACUAGGGCUCAUCAGGUUUGGCGCUCUGAGGAAUGUCUGUCCCACAGCUGUCUGAUUUCUCUUGGCAACCACUCUCCACCCCCAUCUUCAUGAAUAUCCCAAUUCUUGUGCCCACCCACACACAUCAGAUCCCUUCACACCCUCUUUCCAGUUUGGGAACUUCUACAAUGCCUCAAUGUGCGUCUCCCUACUUCCCCUGAAAAAUUCAGGUCAUGGGGACAAAGGGCUUUUAUAUUAGGAUCCUUCUGCCCCUCCUUCCAGCAGUGGUACCACCAGUGGGAAGCAUAAUUUAAGCAGUUUCCUUGGCAAUAAUAUUAGGUUCUUUCAUCAAACCCUUAACCCUUUGUGCUUUAGCAUACCAAAACAACCUCCCUUGCCCUUCAGUCAACCCCCACUUUCAGUGACCCUAUAGGACAGAGUAGGACUGCCCCACAGGGUUUCCAAGACUAAAUCUUUAUGGAAGCAGACUGCCCCAUCUUUCUGUGGAACAGCUGGUUAUUUCAAACCGCCAGCCUUCCAGUCAGCAGCUGAACACUUCACUGCUGCGCCCCCGGGGCUCCUUGUGUUUUAGCAUAUUAUUUCAUUUAAUCUUCCCUGGAAUUCUGUGGGACACCACGGAGGCAUGGCUAAAAGGGUACAUUCUGAGUUAGUUCAAGCCCUGUCUUUCCCACUGACUUGGUGUGUGACCCCCCCCCCCCGCCUUUGAGCCUGUUUUCUCAGUUGUAAAAUGAGGACAGUGUACCUGCCUCAGGAUCAUUGUAAAGGCUCAGCAGGAAUGACCCUCUCACUCACAAAGAACACUUGUUAAAAGCAGAUUCCAGGAUUUAGCCCUAACCUACUGGAUCAGAACAUCUAGGCCAGGGGUCUAAGAAUCUGAAUUUUUAGCAAUCAGUUAACAAAAGCAAAAAAGCUUGCAUUUACUGACUACUAAAAGGGCUUCAAACUGUUUUUUUUUUUUUUUUUUCAACCAGGGCUUCAAACUGGUUUGUCCCAAGUUGGAGAGUCUGCAUUUCUAACAAGUUCCAGGGGAUGUUAAUGCUGCUGGUUAGGGACCAACUCUGAGGACCGCUAAGUGGAGCCCAAAACCAAACUCUUUGCAGUCAAUUCUGACUCAUAGGACCCUACAGCACAUAAUAGAGCUGCCCCAUAUGGUUUCCAAGGACUGGCUGGUGGAUUUGAACUGCAAACCCUUGGGUUAGUAGCCGAGCUCUUAACUACUGUGCCACCAGGGCUCCACUAGUAGAGAAGUGUUCUCAAAUUUUCUUAUACCUAAGAAUCACCUGGGGAUCGUGUUGAAAUGUAGAUUCUGACUCAGUGUACCUGGGGUGGAAACGCAAGUUUUCAGCAGGGGAUCAAACCGGAAUAAACGAGUUCAAAGCCCUGGUCCUAGCUGCAUACAAGUUUUACAGUCUCUUGAUAUGAACUGAUUCAAUCUUCACAACAUUCCUAAACAGCAAGCGAGGGUGGCUUUUAUUUCAGAGAUGAGGAAACUGAGGCAUAAGGAUAAGUCACACAGCUAGGAAGGGGCAGAGCUAGGAUUUGAACUCACAGCCUAGCUCAAGCCUGUGCUCUCAUUUAUGUGCCGAAUGCCCUACUGUACCAGUAUUAUUUUUGCUGCUGGGGGCACGAGGGGGAGCACUUCCCUGCCCACGUGAGGUUUACAGCUUGACCCUCUAACAGCCCCACGUGAUCCUGGUAAUUAGCCGGGUAGCUGGUCCAAAGCCUGGGCUGGUGAAUGUCGACUGUAGCUUUUAUUCACUCAUUACUUCCCGGGGUCAACAAAAUGGCCACAGCGGUGGGCUCAAGUGUAUCGAUGACCAUUGAGCUGGCGCCGGACCAAGCUCUACACCAGCCUUCAACCUGUAGAACGCCCACUGUGCACCAGGGCCUGAGGCCCCCAGCGGCUGGGGUGUCCCCAGACUCCCCAGGGCCGUCGGGUCACUGGAGCUGGCCUUUGCCUCCUCCGCCCCAGCUGCACAUUCCUGGCUGAAGGGAAGUUCCCAGCCUGGCCUGGGCUCCCAGCGGCGCCAGAAUUCCCGGCAUUCAAGGAGGCGGCAGGGAGGAAGAAAAGGGCUAUCUCCUCCAAGGCCUGGAGCAGGGAAGGAGAGGAGCCCCUUGUCCUCUCCGAAUGUGUCCCAGCUGUGCCUCCGGGAGGGCGCCAGGACCUUCACUAAAACGGGCUCCAGAGAGCCCGAGUGCCAGGCCUGCUUUAGCACACCCUUCCUGUUCUCUGCUCCUGAACUCCACUCCCUGCCCAAGUCCUACCCCUGCUUCGUGGCCCCAGGUCCAGCGUCCUCAGGAGUACCUUUCUCACUCUUCCCCCAGCCUGUCUAAGCCAUUGCCUUUAUAGCUGCAGCUGAAGGUGCUCAGCAGUGCCGUUACCUCCUUGGAACACUGCUGCCCUCCCUGGGACACUCAGGCUAAUGCCAGCUAAAAGGUAGUUAACCGGAGUUCCAACUCCAGCUCUAGCAUAGCAUUUGGUGAGUCGCAGAACGUGACCUUGCCCCCAGGCCUGCUUCUUCAUUUGUAAUCCUUGUAUACUGUCACCUCCCCCACAGGGAUGGUGUGAGGACGUACCUAACAAUUCUUAACGUGGCACCUAGCUGGUAUGCUUCAGCCCCACCUAUGGCUGUUAAGACUCUCUUUAGGAUGCUCUACACCACUGCUGUCCAGUACAACUGUCCUGGAAGGUGGGAAUGUCCUGUUAUCUAUGUGGCCCAACACGUGGCUGUGGAGCACUUCGUGUGCCUACCAUGUUGGAUACUGCAAAAAAUACAUAAAUGGAAACUAGAUAGGCACGGAGUGACUCAAGCUCAAGUUCCUGCUUCUAUAAACCAAAUUUGUGAAACUUUCCUCUUAAUCACCUUUCAAGUGUGGUAUCACAUUCUCCCCUACACCCUCAGCAAUCACGUGGGACCCCACCACGGGGGGAUGGGUGCAGUCACGUAGAAGCCCAUUGGCAGGGGGGAGGAUAGGUGUGAGGUGUCCAGGUUGGCUGCCCCAGCUGGUGUGGAGGCAGACGGACCGCCAUGAACCUCACCAGGUGAUUUGCCAUUCAAGUCAUUAUGGACCCACUCCUCCACCAGCAGCAGCUACCACACCGACUGUCUGGCUCCAUGGGGGUAGAAAGUGGGUUGUGGUUACUGGGAUGGCCACAGCACAAGGCUAGUGCAGAUGAAGACAGAAAAACUACCACCCUAAGCAUAGCCAGAGCUGCUUUAAGAUGGCGGGGGAGGGCCUUUCCUCAGGAAGUUACUGGUCACACCCUGAAGGAUGAAGCAAACAACGGCAACAAGAAUGGGGCUGCAGACCAAGAAGACUGCCACAAAGACUGAGAAAAAAAAUGAAAGGAGGCUGGCAUGGCCUGGACUAGAGAGGUCAGAGGGAGAUUUCUUAAACUCACACAUGCCUCCCUCCCCGCCAUGGCUGUUACAAGCUGUUCCCCCCUUACUGGGCCUCCUGCUAACCACACUGCAGGCUGGCAGAGAGAAAACCUCCUUGCCAACCACAGGCACGGCCCUCAGUCGCAGAUUUCAGGUUCAACCGGGCAUUUCCACUUCCCUUUCUUCAUUACGUCUUCCUAUCGUUAAAGAUGACUGACUGCCCACAAUUCCUCUGUUCUUCCGACGUGCCAUUAAAAUAAAAGUAAAGGAAACAAAGAUGUCCAAACGGCUGUAAAGAACCUACUAAGUCAGAAAUGCCUCCCAGUCAUGGUGGGAGGAAGUGGUGUGUCCAGUGGCUAAUCCACGAGGGAAUGACUAUUUUGUAAACACAGACCUGCACAAUGGUCCUCACACAUCAGUUUCAUCACAGAACUGUCCAGACAGAAUGUGCAUCGAGAUGGGGUUUUCCUGAGUGACUGACCAGGGAACAUCCACUCUUUAAAAUCGUUGUGCUAAAUCACCUAUAACUAAGAGUGUGACUAUUAAAUUUUAUUUUUCUACUGACAAAAAGUCACAAUAAAGGUUAAGACUUUGUGGGGAAAAAAAAAAGAACAAAGGAAUAGGAAAAAAAAAAAGAAAAAACAUGUAAACCUCUAACGGCACCCCACCUACCCAGCCAGCUCUGCAGUCACUAGCAGCCCAGAACCACCUCCAGCUCCCUAGGCUCUCCUGGAUGUCACAGGAGAGUGAGACCCACCUGUUCCCAUCCUUCCACACUAACUUGAGUGGUGGCUUCUGGAAAAGACUAAAGUCCAGGCUGGGUAAGGGCUGAGAGCAUUUCCUGCACUUUGUCUAAUAAAAGACCCCCCUGACGCACCCACAGACGAUCACGGCAUAGUCUUUGAACCUUAAAAUUCCAUAACCCUUGUUUAUUCCAAAGGUGAACCCCGUUCGUCGUGGUGGGUUAUCGGUAGGAUUUCUGGUAGCGAGCGCGGGCACCAGGACCCCCGAACUUCUUGGACUCACAGCGUCGGGGGUCAGCCACUAGCAGUGUCCGAUCAUACUGGAUGAGGAUAUCUUUGAUUUCCUUCUUGGAAGCCUCAUCCACAUCUGGGGAAGAGAAAGUUUAGGUGAGCAGGGAAGGUCCUCUUACUUUCUGCAAUUCCGAAGCCAGAGCUGGUCCUCAACUUGCACACACCCCCCACCCCACAAGCCAUCUGAUGGGAAGGACCCACUCUUGCUUACAUUUCUGGUAAUAAGCAACCAAGGCUUUGGAGAUGCACUGGCGUAUUGCUGUGGGAAAGAUUCACACGAAAAAGGGCAUGUGAGCUGCCUGAAGGCCAAAGACUAGGCCUUGCCACCCCCCCCCCCACCAAGUGUCCAGGUCCCAGGACUCACCAUAAAUCUGGGCCACGUGACCGCCACCCUUCACACGGACGCGGAUGUCCACACCGGCAAACCGUUCUUUGCCCAGAAGCAGAACAGGCUCUAAUAGCUGGAAGAACAAGGAGAAAGAACAGGGCUUUGGGUCACAACCUGGGUGGCUGGGCCACAUCACUACGAAUCCCUCCUUUCCUUCCACAUAGCUUCUGUCAUCAGUCUUAAAGUACUAGUGGAAGGGGGAUGAAUUAUCACCCUGAGCCCCUCUAGGAAGCCAAGGAGUCAGUGAGGAUUUGAAACAGCCAGGUAAAAGACUGGUGAAAUGGGAAGAAAUGAAAAAAAAAAAGAAAAAAAAUCAAGCUGGAGUCCUUCCUGUGUUUGUCCCUCUCCGGGUCCCACAGCUCCCAUCUUCAAGACUGGUUCUUAGAACGCUGACAUUUUAGUUCAACAGUAAGGAAAAUCUGUGCGACCACCAAGGCUGCCUCUGAGAGGAGAAAGCCACUCCUGGGCUGCAUCAGGUGGCUUCUCUAGGUUCCAUACAUUCCCUGUGAAGCCUCACACUGAGCUCCAAAAAAACUACAAUUAUGCUACAAACCUAUGGCAUACUCUCCCCUCCCUUCUGCUUUACCUGUUUUAGGUCUCCUCCCAUAGGAAGCUCGACUUGACCCAUCUCCACCCAGGUUUGAGUCAGAAGGUUCCUUUAGGUCCCCCCACGCCAGCCCUGACCCCUCUGGAUUAGUGUCUUCUCAUGAAUCUAGUCUGUCUCCCCCUCCGGACUAAGAGCUCUGAAAGGGCAGGGCCUGGGGUCGUCUGGGUCACCACUGCAUCUUGAAUAUCCAACACAGGGCUGUGGGUGUACGAAGCCUUCAAAUAAACAAGCCAGUAACAAGAAAACACUGAUACUGAAAAUGUUAGACAAGGUAAUCUCAGGCACUACCCUAUUAAAGUCUUUAAUACUGACGUUGCAACGUAUUUCUACCCAAAAUAUGUAUUUAAAAAGAAUAUGUUCUCAUACGUGCCAAACAGUUUACCCACAGAAUCUAAUCCAUCCCCGAAUCUAAUUUAUCCUCCUAACUGCCCUACAAGCUAGAAUUUACUUCCAUUUUACAAAUGAUGAACCCAAGCGACUUGCCUCAAGAAACAUGGCUAGGAAAGGCAGAAAUCAUUUUAAGCCAAAUAAACUUGGGCCUUGGGGCCAGGCCUUGAAAACGAAAAGAAGUAGAACAACCCUUUUCACAACCAAGUAUUUAAAUAAAUCCAUAUUUGGUUCCUACUCUUUUAACGCUUAAUGAGUAUCUCAUCUACAAGCUCCAGCCCAUUUUAGAUACCUGAGAUUUACCAGAAACAAAACAUUGAUUCCUGUCCUUAGGGAGCUUACUCUCCACAAGCCAAAAGCGAUAAAUUGUACACAAGAUACACGACCCUCAUUACCUUACUACCAAAAAAUUAAACCAAAAAAAUAUGAAAAACCAAACCCAAUGCCGCCAAGUCGAUUCCGACUCAUAGAGAUCCUAUAAGACAGAAUACAAGCGCCCCAUAGUUUCCCAGGAGCGCCUAGUGGAUUCAAACUGCCAACCUUUUAGUUAGCAGCUGUAGCACUUAACCCCUACACCACCACAGUUUCCAAGAAAUUAGCCUCAUUAAUUCUAGUACCGCCCUGCUACCCAGUUCCCAGCUGGGGCUGCUUCCAAAUAACAAUUUUCAAAGCACCUCCAACACCCACUCUUUCACUCUUAAACUCCGCUUUUACUACAUUUUCUGAAUUUCAAGCUUAGUUCUAUCACGAAAUACUGUCCUUCCGACCUCGCCUCAGCCCCUUCACAUUCCGUCGUUAAUACCAGAUCCCUCCGCAGCAAGGUUCACAAACUCCAAAGCCCAAAUGGGCUUUAUCAUUUCCGUCCCCAGUGCCCUCCACUCAACCCAAACGCCCAACCUCCAUCCCGGCACCUUGUACUGCAAUGUGCGCGGCUCGAUCAUCUCCAGGGGCCGUCCGUUCACCUUGAUGAGGCCGUUGCCCCUCUUGCAGUGCGCCACGGCUGUGGCGGUCUUCUGCGGAAAGCGAGAGGCAGAGAGCGGGGCCGCUUGAGUUCCGGGCCCCACCUCUCAGGCUGACUCCAGGCCCCUGCCCACCGGCCUCUCCCAGACCCCAGCCUCCCCGGGCCCGUCCCAGGGGGCGCCCGAUCCACCUUGCGCCCGAAGACUUGUACAGACUGCAACGGACCCUUGGACGGCAUGGCCGAUGGCGUAGACGAGAGCUCCUCACCACGCGGCGAUGCAACCAGAAAAA